AAUUUUUUCUAAUCUAGCCUCUGUAGAAGCUGAAGUCCAUCAAUCUCCGUUCUUCAAAAUGCAAUGGAACAUACCAAAGACUGUAUUCCGACUGGCACAUAGGACACGCACAGAACCACAUAAAGCCGGUCUUUUGGGACACUGUCAAAACAUAAAGGCACCAUUACUUUUGUAUACCUCGGAAUCCAGAGUGGUUUUGGUACAGUGCCCUCAGAAACAAUGGCUGCACUUACCUGCUGCCCAGUGUGUUGCAAAGGAAAGGAAGCCUUUCAUUUCUCAUCCACCUCAGCCAGGGGUCUUUCGCCAUAAACAGUGGGAACAGGAUGUCUUACCCAGGAGGGUUCUGUCAUCCAAUGCCACACCCCCAGGAACUCCCUCCGAAAAAAAGGAAGAACCUGAUCCUUUACAAGACAGAUCAAUUAGUCUUUAUCAACGAUUUAAGAAAACAUUUAGACAAUAUGGAAAAGUCUUGAUUCCAGUGCAUCUAAUAACUUCUGGUAUUUGGUUUGGAACGUUUUAUUACGCAGCCAUCAAAGGAGUGAAUGUCGUUCCUUUUCUAGAACUUAUUGGGUUACCUGACAGCGUAGUAAACAUUCUGAAAAAUUCCCAGAGCGGAAAUGCACUAACAGCAUAUGCCUUGUUUAAGAUUGCAACGCCCGCACGGUACGCUGUGACCCUGGGGGGUACCUCCUUCACGGUGAAAUAUCUGCGCAGCCACGGCUACAUGUCAACGCCGCCUCCUGUGAAGGAGUAUCUGCAGGACAGGAUGGAGGAGACAAAGGAACUCCUCACGGAGAAAAUGGAGGAGACAAAGGACAGGCUCACUGAAAAACUGCAAGAAACUAAAGGGAAGGUUUCUCUUAAGAAAAAAGUGGAAUAGUGUGCCUUAUAUACCAGGUUAUAGACAGUCCCUGUACUUUAACCCUUGGAGACUGUGGACAAAGGUACAUGCUCUUGAUUUUUUUGGUUAACAGCCUAAAUAUAGCAGUUCUCUGAGGGUUAAAGAACUAAGAUAACUUUAAAGUUAAAUAUCACUAGAAAAAUCAGUGUUUUUUUGAAAAGAAAAAAUGAACCCAGUAUAAGUAUUUCAUGUCAGUAGCAGCAUUAAGCAGUGCUCCGUGUCUAGAGUCAUCCUUGCUUUAUGUUUAGUUGCAGCUGCUGACUCUUGAAGGCCCUAUGCAGAUUUAACACCAGGUCUUCAUCUUUAUUGUUCAUUGAGGUUUUAACUAUAUUCAGUUCUCAGUGUGGAGACAAACUUAUCAUCAGAACUGUCUGUGAAUAAGAGGAUAUUCAGUCUUCCUAUAAAGACAGUGUAUAACGGUUACAUACCAGUUAAAAUAUAGACAGACAUCAUACAAAGAAAACUGAAUGAAAAUUGAGUCAUAUAUGUGCAAAUAAGAUGUAUUGGUUAUAUGUAAAUGAAAAAUUGACCCUUUAAAAAUGAUUUUUUUACCUGAAGCUUGUCAUAAUCAUAUUUUUUAAGCAGAUCUGUGUGGCUAUAGCACUUGCUCACCCAGAACGUAAAACUGUUAUUCCUGUAUCAUGUCCUCUCCAACUGAUUUCUCAGAGGAAAAGGGAAAAUCAUCACACCUUAAGUUCAUGGUGGAGAUCAGAUACCCUUAGCAGUGCCUAGAGCUUGUGCUUCUCAGCAGUGCAGGUUUGGGAGGAUGGGACCUUCCUGUCCCUGCCACUGGGUCUCCACCAGCCAGAGUUGGUCUUGAUUCCAUUAUGGAGUAAAGUUUUAAGAUUGUAGCUGCAGUUUUUCCCUUGCAUUGAAACAUCCUUACUUGAGCAUUUUACUUGAUUUUUUUAAAUAGCAAAGCUGUCAUUAAAACUUGCUUGGAAUGAAAUUCAGUCAUCAGAUGUGAAAGUUGCCACAGUUGUGGGGGUGUAUUUGAGGAUGUGUUGUGUUUCCUUUUGCGCUAACUGCCUUUACUUCAGUUCUAACCUCUUAAUUGAAAGAGGUAACGGCCUCUUUCUAGAUUAGAUUGUCUUUGUUGUGAGUGAUCUGAUAAGGUGAAAGAAUGCCAGAGGGACCUCCAGAAAUAGUCCCACAGGCAGCACUGCUGUGCAGAGCAGGCUUUUCGUGUUAAAUACUAAGUUUGGCCAAAUUUAGGGAAUACUUUAAAGGGAAAAAAAUGGUUACAUUUGAUACAUCUGAUCAUUAUAUUGGAUAUGCUGUGGUUGGACUCUUUUUUUUUUUUGUGGGGGUGGGUGGAGUGGUGAGGGGGCAGAGCUUCCUCUGCCACAAGCAGGCCUCAGCAGGCGGGAUGGUUUGUCUCCUGAUACAGAUUGAACGUGUGAUUUCAAGUUAGACAGCACAUUUUCAAAUCCAGAAACAGUGAACAUGUUUUAUUUAGCAUGUUUAUUAAAUAAUUCACAUCUUUACGUAUAUUAAAUGCUAAGAUAGAUAUUAACAAAUUUCUUGUUUAUUUUUAAUCACUGAGACUGCCUGGUUUAAAAUCAUGUGUUAUAUGAAACUUUCUUUUUACUUUUCACGUUGUAUAAGGCAUGUUUUCUAAUGAGGAUAAAUUAUGGAUUAUUGGAAGCACUAAUAAUCCUGAGUUUCCACCUUUGGUUCAGCCUAUUUGAGAUUUGUUGUCAUCCAGUUUCAUAAUUGUGUUGUGUUUGUCCUGUUACAGAAAGUGAGACGCUAGGGAGUGCUUUGAAAUUCUCUAGUGAAACAUUCUCUGCAGGUGUAAGAAGUUAUUUUGUCAUUAUUUGGUAUCAGGAAUAUUUGAUCUUGUCAAAUGCUGUUGCUCUCAUCUUCCUAACCUAGUCCUUAAGGGAAGCUACAAAGAGCCAAAAGGGGGACCCCUGGAAUAUGCGUGUGAAGUAUUCUUUGCAGGCCAGCAGCACAUGGUGGGCAUCAAGUUAAAUUUUCCAGGGUGUGUGUGUGGUAAAUAUCAUGACCCGUUUCAUUUACAGUAAGCCUUAGACUUGCUGUGUCUGGUGUGCAUGUCUGUGUUUAAGUAGGAUUGUUGGCAGGUAAAGACGGAGCCGUGGCUGAGUUCACAUCUGUAAAAUGGAUAAAGUGUUUGCUCAGAGAAUUAACAAUAGAAAUGAAAAAUAGAUUAGGUAAAAAAGACUUUGUUUAUUCAAGACAAAUAGCAAAACCAACCUUUUAAAGUACCAAAAAGAUGUCUGUUACUGAAGCAACAUUUUGCAUACAACAGGGUGCUAUUUGCAGAUUCUAACAAAGGAGAAAGAGUACAUGGUGUUAUGGUCACCUUCCUACUGCUAGUGAAAAUAAUAAAACUGUGCCUUCAAAUAUAAUCUUCAGCUUGUUCUAGAAUCUGCCUUCCAUUUAUUUACAGAUGGAAGAUGUUACUGUAGUCUUUUAUGCUCCAGGAAGAAAUGGAGCUAUUGGCUGUCUCAUUUCAGUGACCUCAGAAGAUAAUUACAGGAAUUUUGUAAAGAUCUUUACAGUUUGGGCAGAAGAGGUGUUUGAAGAAAAGAAGCAAGUUGCACAUUAGACAAAUCUAGCUCUUGUGUUCUUUCCAUUUGGUUCAUCUUUAGGAUUUCUUACCCAAAUUCAGAUGUUGUGAACAAAGCCACUGUAGAAGACUGUAGAAUAUGGUGAUGGUAAUGAAAUGGACAGAAAAUGUUUUAGCAAGUGAGUCAGAAAGAGUCUGUGCAUCUUUCCUGAUAUCUUUGAGAUGAUACCGUUUUUAUAAAAUGCAUCGGUGUGAGACACAUUUCUGAAUUAUUAAAGGAGUCUGUCUGAAAAAUACUUGUUUUCAUGGUAAUACAGACAUAUUUCUUCAGUUGGCUACAGCUUAUUUUUUAAAAUGGGGACCUUCAUUUAUUUCAGUUUUUCAGAAUUCAAUCUCCAUAGGGAAGACAUGGAGUUAGUUUAGAAGAAACUAAAAAUACAUGUAGAUUAAGUGUUACCAGUGUUGGUUUGAAAUAGUUUUUGGUGUUAGAAGCUUACUUGAUUGGCUUUUCCCGAGCUAUGGUCUACAGUGCGUCCAGUCACAUUGGCCUAGAGGUCAGAGUUGCACAGAAGUGUUCAAAUAAAGUGUGGGCCUCUCUACCGCCUUGGAAUUUAACUGCCUGAACCAGAAAUAUCCAGAACCAGAGAUGGGUGCUUUUAAUUAUUCAUUCUGCACACAGGAGCUUUGUUUGGUCUCUCUUCGUCCAUCUGUAUAUUAUGGAGUACCCAUUCAGCCUCUCUGACCCAAAGGAACAGUAGAGGCAAGAAUUCUCUUUCCCUUAGAGACUUGGUGAGAAGGCAUCUUCAGCCGUGAAUUUUUGGCCUGGCCUUCUGAUUCUUGAAGGAUCUUUGUCCUGCAUUUUCAGCUUGUAACUUAAUUUGAGAAAUGCUGAGUUGCACCAGUUGGGAAUAGUUUUCCCUCUUUGAGGUUUUUUUCGUUUGUGAUUUUUUUCCUUCCAUGUCAAACUGGUUCAUUUUAACUUAUCAAAGCAAGUUUUGGAUUGUCUUGCUUCUUCAGGGUUAGGCUUUGAAAAUCAAGCUGUAUUCUUCCCUGUAGAUCACUGGUAGCCACCAACAGUAAUGAUGACAGAUCAUAAUUAUCUUGUGGCAGUUAUCUGACUGUUUUGAUAAGAAUGAUCCUCUCAGCUGAGAGAGUGUGCCUUGACUUAAUAAGCCUUCAGGGCAGAGUAUGAGUUAUUCCGCUAACUUGGACAGUGGUCUUGGGAAGUGCACAGGCAGUCCUGGAGUCCUACUCAGCACUUGUGGUUUAUCUCUGCAGGUAAGAGUGCUCGUGGAAUGUGAGACAAACAGAAAGCACUUUCACGUUGUAUUUUCUUUGGGACAACGUGGUCUGUAAGAGCAGAGGCUGUAGGGUAAGUCAGAGAUGUUCCAUGUGCAGCCACAGUGAACCCUCAUUCUUCCUGACAGUGCGGAUCGCAUAGAAUCUUUCCUCCGUUCUUUCCCUCUCCCUCCCUGCCUCCCUCCAUCCCUCUGUACAGCUUAUCCUGCUUGAAUUUUGACCAUUUUAAAUGUUAGAAAACUCUCUUUGAAGUGAAAAAGAAUAAGGCGAGUUUGCAUGCUAGUGUGCCUGGUUGUUCUGGGGUAACCGGCGCGUGGUUCUGUCACAACCCACUCCUCAGUAAGGGCAGGACAGAAGGCUUGCAGGUGUUUCCUGACUUUCUAAUCAGGUACCUGGAAAGUCAGCCUUUUACUCCAUUGGGAUAAUUUCAUAAGGUAACUUUUAAGUAUAUGAAAUAUAUCUAAUAUAAUCUAAAUGAAAUAUAGCUAAUAUCUAAUUAGGGUAAAACAGAUGCUUUAACGCCUUAAAACUAAAUUAGGUUGUUAUUUUUUAAAGAAAGAACAUACAGCAUUUGCUCUGUAUACACAAAUAUUAAGCUGUUACCUUAUAUGCACCUCUAAUUACAAGAUUUGAGAUUCUGUAAUGAUUUGAAGCACAUGUUGACUAAUUUGUAUUUUAUUGAAUUUGAGUCUUAUUUUCUUUGGAUACAAUCUUGGAACUUAAUUGUGGCUGUUGCUUUACUUCUCUAGGAAUAGUGGCUGUUUGGGUUUUCUCUUUGCAAGGGUGCUGGAAGCAGGAUUUGCAAAGUCCUCACACACCAACCGCCCUACCCUUUAGCUUGGUCUGGAGGUGGAGUUAACAGGGCUUGGUUGCCAUGGUCCUCCAUCAGCAUCUUCCUAAAGGAGACAGGAGAUACACUAGGUUGUAACUGCAUUCCUCACUUAUUUUGGUUUAGAAAUAAGGGACGUGUUACUUUCCAAAAAAAGUUGAAAAUAUCAAUCAAACAUUGUCCACAAAACCUAAUGCAACUUUUGUUGAGAAAUCUAGAUGAUUUUGUAACUGCAUUGUUUUGGAAGCAUUUUAGAUUAAUAGAAGUUCUCAGUCAUAAACCCAGUUCUGCCUCUAGUGGGUCACUUCAGAAUGUUGAGGCCAGUAUUUGUAGUUGAAGAAAUGUGCAGGAGAGCCAGGUCAGACGGUAAAAUCUCAGCUUGCAGUUCAGUACUUUCCUCUCAUGCCAGGAACUCAGGUAAAAUAAGACUCUGCUUUAGAAGUUUUAAAAUUUUGGGAGCUGAAGUCAAUUUAUAAAUAUUGCUCAUUCUCUGUGUUAUUUUGGUGACAUCCCUUAUUUUUUUCUUUUAACUCCAUAAUUUUAAUUCUUUCUUUUUUUUUAAUGUUUAUUUUUUGGCUGCAUCAGGUCUUAGUUGUGGCACAUGGGCUCUCUGGUUGUGGUGCGUGGGCUUCAUUCCUUGACCAGGUAAUUACUGAACCACCAGGGAAGUCCCCUUUAAUUCUUUUUUUAGAGUGAUAUUUAUUAUCCAAAGAGGAUUUGGCCUUAGAAAAUACUCCAUCUCCCCUUGGUAAGAAAGUAAGUUUGCUUUUCCUACUGCUUCUGCAUUUGUGACAGUUGGACCAUCUCAGAUUGGAAUUUUCCAUUUACUUGGGGUCGAUCGGUAGAACAUAUGAAGCAUCAGAAGCUGGCAUUUGUGGAAACUUUUCUCACGGGCAAGUUCAGUGUAUCCCUAAGAACUGUUAGGGUGGCUUCUCUGGGAGUGGAGAACGUGUGCAUGAGGUUUAUGGGAGUUUGACAGUGAGGCAAGACUAUGUGCUUGUGGAUGGUUCCAGAAGAAAAAGGAGUGUGCCAGCAUUGGUGAAAAGGAUGCACACAUGGUGCAGGAUCCCGGCACUGGGAGUCUUGGGUCCGUCUGGCCUCCUUCAGUUUGUGACAGUGCUCUCAGAUCAGGCCCCUCAUACAAAGGAAGCCAGAGAAGGAAAAAAUGCGGGCAAGGUGGUAAAUUGUUUUAAACUAUUCUCUCUUCGGAUUUUCACAUUUUAUUACUAAAGUUGUAAGAACACCCCCCAGCACACACACACAACGUGGCUUGUUAACCAAAAAAACUGUCCACAUCUAGAGUAAUGAGGAAAGAAACAGAUGUAUUUUACUUAAAACCCGUGGGGAGGAGGUUUGGAGCCUGGUGGUUCUGUCUCUGCCUUGACACGGGUGCUCCAGCCCCCAUGGCACGAACUGCUGCAGCAUGAAGAGCGGUGCCCAUUUCUGUCACUGGCAUUUUACUGUAGUGUUAGCAUAGAGAGCAUGCCACAGCAGAGUGCUGUUUGCAAGUCUGCUGGAAUUGAGCAAAUCUGGAAAGCAAGAGCUGAGCAACACAGCUCCCUCUGUGGGGGCCGCGUGUGUUAAGCACACCCCUCCAGUCUUCCCACAAGUGCCCAUGUUGUAUGUGUGACAUUUAAAGACAACCUGAGAUAGAGCUAAUACUUGAGCCCUCAGUUCUGUAGGCUCCAAAGCCUGUGCUACCCUUGAGCUGUAAGCAGGAAAUGUCACAAACAGAACCUCAGGGUCCCCCACCAAAGCCAGGGUGAUGGACACAGCCUGGUUCAGGUGGGGCCAAGGGCAGGCCAAGGGGAUGGGUCCCUGGCCUGCCACGUGGGAGAGGUCAAAGUCAGCAUUUUGGUUUGAAAGCAUGCUUACUCUGUCUGCUAGUGUAGACUGCUAGAGUAUUUGGUGCUUCCAGACCCUGGUAGCAGUACCACAGUAAACUCUAUAGAUGCAAAUGCUUUGUAAACAGGUUAAGUUAUAUAGGAGCUACUGUACACAAGUGUGUGUAAACGUAUAUAUGCUGCUUCCUGGUAAAGCCUUUUGAAAGUCUGUAUUUAAGUUACCCCUGUGCUGUGUUCAAAUGACUAAAACUGUAGCUAUUGCACUUCUUAGUUUUUAGAGUGAGUGUGUAAAGUAGAGUGAAUGAAGUUUGCAUUAUUAGGGUAAAAGCCCAAAGUCUGGACAGAAACAUGGCAUCAAAACAAUGAACUUUACAAAUGCAUAGCUUUUACCUUUUGGCUGCUAUUUUAAAACAUGUAUUUAAAUUAGAAUCCAUUCAAAGCAAAACAUCAACACAGUGCAAUGAGAGAAGUCUAACUAUGAUGUUUUAAGUAACAGGCUCGUUAUAAACUGUUAUGUGCAAGUGUCAUCAUGGAGAGUCAGAAAAAGUGUUUGUUCCAAGGCCACUGUGAGUGGAUCUCUGAAGGAUUCUGGAGGUUUCUUCAUGCACACCAUUUUUCUAGAUGUUCUCCCUGAGGAUGCCUGAAGAGGCUGCUUAACUGUUGGCAGUUCUGCUGUUUUGCAAACGACCCAGUGAACAGACAUCAGUCCAAGAAAGCCAGAGACUAACAGGGUCUGGGGUCUGGUGCAGGCCCCGAAAUGCAGUGGGAGCUCCCCAUGUACCACAUGGGUCAGCAGGGAGCCCAUUGCUGGGGAGGGAGGUGUUGGGCUCUGUUGUGUCCUGUGCUGAGUGUAGCCUGAGCAGAAAAUGGUGGGUCCAGACCUUGGCGUCUCCCUCCCCAGCCGGUGGUGCCUGGGCUUUCAAGGGCCCACAGGGACUCCUUGGCCUCUGGCACUUUAGCUCCAGCCCAAUGAACAGCUCCUGGGUCACCAGCAGCCUCCAGGCCUGUUGUCUGUUUUCAGCCUGGGGCUUCUUCUGAAGUCUUCAGAGCCUUCCCAGAGCACAGCCAGGGCUGCGGGAAGGCCCCCAAUGGUGGAGGUCAGUGUCCCGCCUCCUGUCCUCUGAGAGUGCAGCAUAUUGUUUCUGAGCGCCACACUGAGCCCCGCUGCCCAGAUGGACACCAGUGGGCCCACCCUGACCAUCUCCUGCCUCCUCCAGAGCAGCUCCAGGUAACCUCCCUACACCCAGACCCUAGACCCGGUGACCAGGCGACCUCAUAUAGAAAUCAAGCCCAGAAUCUCCUCUCCUUCUGUGAGGAAGGUUUAUACUGGUCUUACUUUCACUGAGGGAUGUAAGUUUGGGGAAUAUUCUUUAAAAUUUCUCAAAUAUCUGCUGAAUAAGAAAUUAUAGAAUUUAUUCAAGAGCAUAAUGUAAUUUAUCAGUGACUGCUGUUUUGAGAGAAAGAAAACCUUUUCUUAUAGCUAUUUUCCUCCUUAUACCUUUCUAAUCCCCUUUCCAAAAUAAUCCUAAAAAAUUAAUUUAGAAUCUAAAAUGAGUGGUAUAGGAGCUUCUUGGUGGCCCAGUGGUUAGGACUUGGCACUUUCACUGCCAUGGCCCAGGUUCAGUGCUUGAUCAGGGAACUAAGAUCUUGCAAGCCACGCAGUGUGGCCAAAAAUAAAAAAGGGUGUUUUAACUAGAGUUUGGGGCCCAUGCAGAUAUUUAAAUGGUAUUUUAAGAUUUCAGUUUCCAAAGUUCAUUUGUUCCCAAAGUUUAUUACUAACAUAUGGAAAUGCAAAAAUAUUUUAUUUCCUGCAACCAACCUAAACUCACUUAUUCUAGUAGUUUGGUAGAUUGUGUGAGGUUUUGUACAUUCACAGUCAUGUGAUCUGUGAAUCCAUAUGCUUAUGUAUAGCUUAGAGGUAAUCAUUCUAAUCUCUCAGUGAAGGAAGAACUUAGACUCCUUUUGCUUCAUCAUCACGAACUGGAAAGCUCUGAUGCCAACGACCUUAGCCUCUGAGGGUGUCUGCUGAACAGUUCUCAUUAGACGUCUCAUUCCUGUUUUGGGCUGAGUGGACUCCAGUUUGUCUGUGACAGCGUCCAGAAACCUGAAGGUGACACUCAUCUCAGCUCUCACCCCAGCACCCCACACACACUGAGGACAGCACUGCUCACAAGGCUUCCCUCCCCGCGUCAACCUGAAGGCAGCACAGCAAGUGGCCAUCUAACCCUGGCCGUGAAUAUGAACUUAAACUGUGCAAGAUGCACCGGUUGGGGAGUAAAAUAAGCUGAGCUGAAACCCUGAUUCCUAUGGGAUCCGUGCAGUUCAGACACUGCUCAGCUUUGGAAAUUUUAAGAAAAAUGAUUGGUACAGCAACAUGUUGCUGUUCUAAGCAGCAGACCUCAAGAAGCAGCCUCAGUAAACACAAGGCUUGGGGAGCAGCCCCUAGCCGCUGCCUCACAGCCAGACUGAUCAGCGCAGGAGCCUAGUGGCCAGCAGCAGAUGGAAGCUGCUUGGGAGGGGUGUGUGGCCCCAGACAGUGUCUGCAAGGACUCCCUGGACAGAAGAGCAGGUGGAGAUGAAGAAAUCCACCAAACAAAACCCAGGGACCUACCGACCAAGGGGAAAGGAGUAGCAGACGGGACCUGAGGUUGGGAGCUCUCCGCGAGCAGCACAAGGGCACCUUGCCAGGCAGCCGCCUCGAAGGCCAUGACAGCAGAUGCUGGGAACUGCAGGUGCUGGUUCCCACGCUUGGCCACAUGCGUCCCUUCCUCAAUCCCAGGGGCUUCACACAGAGAACCCACAGCCAGCGUCAUGCACAUGCCGAGGUGGCGGGCUACACAGGAGCCACUGCUGAGUCUUGCUGGCCAGCCGUCCAGGCCUGAACUCAACUAUCCAGGGAAGGAGAGACCAUGGGAACACACUGAAGUCACGUGUUUCAACAAAACUGCACUGCUGGAGGACCAGAGCAGCACUGCAUGGUGUGUAGAAGCAGGUGUAAAACACGCAGCCUGAGGCUGGAGGGACUCGACACACCAGAGAUGCGGGAGUUUCCUCUGCUCCUUCCAGAGUCUCCGGGUGCCUUGGUGACACAUUCACUGCUGUGUGAUGACCUUCUUGAUGAAUGUAAGCAAGUGGCGUCCGUUAGACUACCUCCCCAAACACCCUUUCCUGCAUGAUUAUGGGGGAUGUUAUUAUGGGGCCUAAUUGUAAUCCACAGAUGAAAAAACACAGAAUUUCACGUAAAGCUUCCUCAUGAUCUUAAACAUGAAGAUAGUGCAACUUUUAAAAACACAGCAUCACAACACAGACUAACUCCUUGCAUUCACUGGACUUCUCCACUCUGUACCUUGGCACACGAAACAGGAAUUUAGAAUCAUAUUUUUAAAACAAAAGUUCCACAGUUGGGGGGGUGGGGGGAGGGGAGCAAACUGGCGAUUCUUCCCCAUAAUGUGUAAUGAUGUUUUCCUCUAUUCGGUUAAUUGUAAAACAGGCCAUUCUGGCCUCUUCCUCUGCUGUGUCUGCUUUCAUAAUUAAGUCAGAUGCCUCUGUGGGUUUUAUUUCAUGGUGUCUUCAAAGCACCCCUUUGUGUUCUCAUGCCCACCCUUUGCCAAAACGCACCUUGUCCCAUCACUGCCCCAGAUGAAGACUGUUUGUGGCCAGACUGGAGGAGGUUUGUACUAUUUUGGCCUGUGUGCGGCUAGGCCCCUAGAGGGAAUCAUUCUGUUUUACUGAACUCUCUGUGCUGGAUGGAGGGGCAGUGCCACUGCCUCCCUCCUCCUUUCUUUUGUCAAGUCAGGUGUGUGUGCAGGUCAGACGAGGUUCCUGGGCUUCCUGUCCUUGCCAUGGAUGGGCAGCUUGGUGCCCCGCAGCCCAUCCCGCUGGAGCAGCAGCCUGCUUCCGCUGUGUGCACUGCUGUGCUGGGGCUGCAAGAGUGCGGUGCCCAGGCAGUGACC